AGAAAUCACAUUUUGUUUUAUUUUCGGUUUCAGAGUCAGCCUGACGUGCAAAAGGAAUCCACUUUAUACACACAUGUUUGGUUCUUCUCGUUUUUCAUGUGAUUCCAUUUCUAUACAAAGCUCACUUUCCUCCUCUUGCUAUUGGGUUCUCUCAUAAAGUUCCAUCAAACUGAGUCAGUUCCUAAGCCAAAACCACUGAGCAGGUCUGGCUGUAAUGGCGUUUCAUGGUGUUGUUGGGUUUGUGGGAUUGGAUGACUUGAGCUUGGACCUGGCUUCUUCACUUCUCCGCAGCGGUUACAGAGUUCAAGCAUUUGAGACAUAUGAACCUUUGAUAAAUGAGCUUUUGAAGCUAGGGGGAACAAGAUGUAGCAGCCCAAAGGAGGCAGGAAAAGAUGUUUCAGCUUUGGUUCUGUUAACUUCUCAGGCAGAUCAAAUUAAUGAUGCAACGUCAGGAUUGCAGAACGAUACUGUUCUCAUUUUUAAUUCAACAAUGUUACCGUUGUACAUUAAGAAUUUGCAGACGUGUUUCACAGCUGAUUAUAAGCCAGCUUAUGUUGUAGAUGUAUAUGCCAUGAAGGCAGUAUCUGAUAGUUUAAAUGGAAAAAUCAUGAUUGCUUCUUCAGGAAGUUCAAAUGCCAUUUUAAAGGCACGACCAGUUCUCUCUGCAAUGUGUGAAAAGCUUUAUGUUUUUGAGGGUGAAGUUGGUGCUGGAAGCAAAAUUAAGAUGGUUAAGGAACUGCUUGAGGGUAUUCAUCUUGUUGCAUCUUUGGAAGCUAUUUCUCUUGGUACCAAAGCUGGUAUUCAUCCGUGGAUAAUCUAUGAUAUCAUAUCUAAUGCGGCCGGAAACUCAUGGGUUUUUAAGAACCAGGUGCCCCAGCUGUUAAAGCACUCAAAGGGUGCUCCUAAAGAUCAUUUACGCGACACUCUGGUUCAAAAAUUGGGGGUUAUAUUGAAUCUUGCCAAAUCGCUUACUUUCCCUCUGCCACUUUUAGCAGUAGCUCACCAACAACUUAUUCUUGGGUCUUCAGAUGGUAACACAGAUGAUCAAGAUGCCACAUUGAUUAAGGUUUGGGAAAAGAAACUUGGAGUAAAAAUUUCGGAUGCAGCAAAUGCUGAGACUUACAUCCCUGAGCAAUUGGCGAGCCAUAUUGUUGCUAAAUCAGAUAUGGUGAAGCGGAUUGGAUUCAUUGGUCUUGGAGCAAUGGGAUUCGGCAUGGCAACUCAACUUCUAAAAUCAAACUUUUGUGUUCUUGGUUAUGAUGUAUAUAAACCAACACUAACGCGAUUUUCCAAUGCUGGUGGCUUGAUUGGAAGCUCUCCAGCAGAAGUAUGUAAAGAUGUUGAUGUUCUGGUAAUAAUGGUCACAAAUGAAGCUCAAGCUGAGAGCGCUUUAUUUGGAGAUUUUGGUGCUAUUUCAGCACUUCCAUCUGGAGCUUCUAUUAUCCUUUCAUCCACUGUUUCUCCUGGAUUUGUGAGCCGACUAGAUCAACGCUUACAAAAUGAAGGAAAGGAUCUGAAGUUGGUGGAUGCUCCUGUUUCUGGUGGUGUUGUGAGAGCCGGCAAUGGGACACUUACGAUCAUGGCAUCUGGCACAGAUGAAGCUCUUAAGAGUACUGGUUCAGUCCUCUCAGCAUUAAGCGAGAAGCUUUAUAUUAUCAAAGGAGGCUGUGGAGCUGGAAGUGGUGUAAAGAUGGUUAAUCAAUUGCUAGCUGGAGUCCAUAUAGCAUCGGGAGCUGAGGCAAUGGCGUUUGGAGCUCGGUUGGGUCUUAAUACAAGGAUGUUAUUUGAUUUCAUCACAAAUAGUGAGGGAUCAUCCUGGAUGUUUGAAAAUCGUGUUCCACACAUGCUGGACAAUGAUUAUACACCACUUUCUGCGCUUGAUAUCUUUGUGAAAGAUUUGGGAAUUGUUACUCACGAAUGUUCAAUUCGAAAGGUUCCACUUCAUGUAUCGACUAUUGCUCAUCAACUAUUCCUAUCAGGCUCUGCUGCAGGCUGGGGUCGACAAGAUGAUGCUGGUGUGGUUAAGGUUUAUGAGACACUCACAGGCGUUAAGGUAGAAGGAAAACUUCCGGCUGUUAAGAAAGACUUUGUAUUGCAAUCUCUCCCAGCUGAAUGGCCAUUAGAUCCCAUAGGUGAAAUACAGAAACUAAAUCAGGACACAUCAAAGACUUUGGUUGUUCUUGAUGAUGAUCCGACUGGAACUCAAACUGUGCAUGAUAUUGAGGUCUUAACUGAAUGGACUGUUGAAUCACUAAUUGAGCAGUUCAGAAAAAGCCCGAAAUGCUUUUUCAUUUUGACCAACUCCAGGGCAAUGAGCUCUGACAAGGCCACCACAUUAAUCAAAGACAUCUGCACAAACUUGCAUACUGCAGCCAAAUCAGUUCAGGACGCUGAUUAUACUGUAGUUUUGAGAGGUGAUUCGACUUUGCGUGGUCAUUUCCCAGAGGCAACUGAUGCUGCUGUUUCAGUAUUGGGUGAGAUGGAUGCAUGGAUCAUCUGCCCCUUUUUUCUUCAAGGCGGGCGUUAUACCAUCGGAGAUAUACAUUAUGUGGCUGAUACUGAUCAGCUUAUCCCUGCAGCAGAUACAGGAUUUGCUAAAGAUGCUGCUUUUGGCUACAAAUCUUCGAAUCUUCGCGAGUGGGUUGAGGAGAAAACAGCUGGUCGCAUACCAGCCAGCAGUGUUGCAUCCAUUUCUAUUCAACUGCUGAGAGAAGGUGGGCCAGAUGCUGUUUGUGAGCAUCUUUGCAGUUUGCAGAAGGGAUCAACAUGCAUAGUUAAUGCUGCUAGCGAAAGAGAUAUGGCUGUUUUUGCAGCUGGAAUGAUCAAGGCACAACUGAAAGGCAAGCAAUUCUUAUGCCGCACUGCUGCUAGUUUUGUUUCUGCAAGGAUUGGAAUUAUUCCCAAAGCUCCAAUUUUGCCCAAGGAUCUAGGAAUAAACAAGGAACGGAAUGGUGGUCUCAUAGUUGUUGGAUCAUAUGUUGCAAAGACGACAAAACAGGUAGAAGAGCUUAAGUUACAAUGUGGCCAGAUUCUGAGAAGCAUUGAGGUUUCGGUUGCUAAAGUUGCAAUGAGGUCUGCAGAAGAGAGGGAGGAGGAAAUCAGUACAGCAGCUGAGAUGGCUGAUAUUUUUCUUGCAGCUCAGAAUGACACACUAAUAGUAACCAGUCGGGAGCUUAUUACCGGCAAAAGUCCCUCUGAGAGUUUGGAAAUCAACUUCAAAGUUAGCUCUGCACUGGUGGAAAUAGUUAGGCGAAUAACUAAAAGACCUCGUUACAUCCUUGCAAAGGGUGGAAUCACAUCUUCUGACCUUGCUACUAAAGCCCUUGAAGCAAAAUGUGCUAAAAUAGUGGGACAAGCCUUGCCUGGUGUUCCCUUAUGGCAGUUGGGUCCUGAAAGUAGGCAUCUGGGAGUUCCAUACAUUGUUUUUCCCGGUAAUGUUGGUGACAGUGGAGCAUUGGCCGAGCUAGUGAAAUCCUGGGCUCGUCCAAUCAGAUUUUCAACGAAAGAGCUUCUUCUGAACGCAGAAAAGGGUGGAUAUGCUGUUGGAGCAUUCAAUGUUUAUAAUUUAGAAGGAGUAGAGGCAGUUGUUGCUGCAGCGGAGGAACAACAGAGUCCUGCCAUAUUACAGAUCCAUCCCGGUGCCUUGAAGCAAGGAGGCAUGCCGUUGAUUGCUUGUUGCAUCUCUGCUGCUGAACAAGCCAGUGUACCCAUAACUGUACACUUUGAUCAUGGAACUUCAAAGCAAGAUCUGGUGACAGCUCUUGAGUUGGGAUUUGAUUCUGUCAUGGUAGAUGGUUCACAUCUUUCCUUUACAGAAAAUGUUUCGUACACUAGGUUCAUAACAUUCUUGGCUCACUCAAAAGGCUUGCUAGUAGAAGCUGAACUAGGGAGAUUGUCAGGGACAGAAGAUGAUUUGACUGUUGAAGAUUAUGAAGCAAGGCUGACCGAUGUUAAGCAGGCUCAAGAGUUCAUCGAUGAAACUGGUAUAGAUGCUUUGGCAGUGUGUAUCGGAAAUGUCCAUGGUAAAUACCCUGCAAGUGGCCCAAAUCUGAGACUCGACUUGCUUAAGGAAUUGCACGCGUUGAGUUCAAAGAAAGGAGUCUUUCUGGUGCUUCAUGGAGCUUCUGGUGUGCCCAAGGAACUUGUAAAGGGAUGCAUAGAGCUAGGUGUGAGAAAGUUCAAUGUAAAUACCGAGGUACGGAAAGCUUAUAUGGAUUCCCUUAGCAACUCAAAGAAAGAUCUGGUCCAUGUUAUGGAGUCAGCGAAACUAGCCAUGAAAGCAGUGAUUGCAGAGAAGAUGAUUCUAUUUGGCUCAGCAGGAAAGGCAUGAUGGUCUGUGCAUUCUUAUAUGUGAUUUGUGAAAUAUAUGUAUGAUGUAUUACAUAUGAGCAUCUACUCACAUGUUCCCAACAAUUGGAAAUUGGAAAUUGGAAAUUGGAAAUUGGAAAUUGGAAAUUGGAAUUGGGGUGCAAAAAUAACAGAAUCAAUUCAAGUCCAUGAAUAAAAGUAGAGCCUUUUCAUUUCUC